AUGGAUGAGAAGGACGUCACCAUGAUUGACGCGUCGUCGGACGUCCGCUUGACUCCUCCACCACAACCCGCGGCUCCAGCAGUGCCUGAGCAUGAUGACCAUAGUCCUGCCGACAGCGAUAUAGAAGGCGGCAAACACCAUGCCCAUCACCAUCAUCACCCACAUCUCCCACAUCACCUUCGCAGUCGACACCUCAAUUCCUUCAUACACCCACAUCACGGCAGGCAUUGUCACGUCGUGAAGACCCCUGACGAGCUCGAGCGUAAACGCCUUGAGCUUUCCGCCACCUUCUCCCAAGAGCAGUUCGACGUCGUUUUACACGGCAGUCCAGAUCACAUCGACGCAAUCCGUGGCCUUCAUGCUCAAUCUGAGGCGGAACGUGACGCCCUCCACCGCGACCACGCUGAAGUCGCCAAGCAAUUCGAGAACGUUCGAGAUCAGCUGGAGCUUCUGGACAACGAACUGCACAUGUUGACAGAUCAUAGCGUAGCUUUGGAUGCAAGUUUCGACAAGUUCGGCUACUCUGCUCAUCUACGGACGACAGACAAGGACAGUGGCGACACGGCAAGUCUGAGUAGUAGCAACCAGGAGGAGAAGCACAAGGAUCGCAGCACAGAUCCGCUGAAGUUCUUCAAGCGGCCACAGGUACGCCAGUACUUCCACAAAGGUCUACUGUGGCGGUCGAGUCGACAUGGGGAGGUGGAGAGUUUCGAACUGUUCGUGGACCUGGUCUAUGUCGGUGUGAUCGACAUCAUCGGUGAGAAGGCGGCGGAAGCGCCGUCUGGAUUGGCGUUGUUGCAGUUCGUGAUCAUCUUCUGUAUUGCGUGGAAGAUCUGGUCGGACAUGACCUACAUCAUCAACAGCUUCCACAUUGGGGACAUCUUCCAACGGAUCUGCGUGGCUUUCUACCUGAUCUGUCUCUUUGGCUUCACGACGAAUAUUUGGUACAGCUUUCCGGAAGGACACUCGGCUGAGACGGCGCAAGUGGAGGCGGCGGAACCGCACAAACGAGCUGAAGCGGAGGGCGCAAUCGAAGGCGCGGCCUCAGAUUACCACAACACUUACAUCUCUGCCAUUGCCUUCUUCGUAGCGCAGCGGGCCUUCGUCGGAAUUUGGUAUCUCGGCGUCGCGGUCCUCGUACCUAUGAUCAAGGGAAGCAUGGUCUCAAACACUCUAAUCAUUCUGAUCUCGUCCGCACUAUGGAUCGGAUCGAUUCACGUGUCGUGGCCUAACCAGCUGGCACUCAUCUUCUUGGGCAUCGCAAUUGACCUUAUGGGUGGCAUGUUGAUUAUCGCUUUGUGGCGGCGGAUCAAGAAUCCAAAGCACUCAUUCUGGGCAAGGAUGCAAAAGUGGUUCGAUUUCGUUCCCGCUAUCAACAUCGAGCAUCGUGUCGAGCGGAACAACGCAUUCAUCGCACUGGUCUUUGGCUACAGCAUCCUCACGAUUCUCUACCAGAGCAGUGCGAGCAUGGGCAUCAACGCCUUCUUUGGGAAGGGCGUUUUGGGCCUGCUACAGGCGUUCUGCUUCAAUUGGAUCUACUUCGAGAUCGACAACUAUGGCAUCCACGUGCAUGCGAUCCGGAGGCAUUGGGCGACGAGCGCAAUUUGGGUGACAGGCCACCUACCAUUCAUCAUGGCGUAUAUCCUCGCUGCGAGUUCCCUGACAACGCUGGUGCUGGCGCACGACUGUCCCGAUGCCGAGCCUGAAUGGUUGGGAAGCCACUAUGCCGACAGAUCGUUGCCUGAGCUCUCGUCUGGAACACGUUGGUUCUAUUGUGGCGGCAUCGGCAUCGCGCUGCUUUUCAUGGGCAUCAUCAGCUUGUCGCAUACUCACAAGCGUCUCCAGCAUUCUCGUCUCAAGAAGCGGCCAAGGCUGUUCUACCGGUUGAUCGCCUCAAUUGUCAUCAUCGUUUUGCCUACAGCUGGCAACCGCCUCAGCUCGCUAGAUCUGGUCGCCAUCACGUUCUCGAUCGUCCUGAGCGUGCUCAUCGUCGACCUGUACGGCAAUUCUGCACAAGGCACGCCCUUCUGGACGCAUGGCUUGUGCCCGAAAGAGCGCAAGCAGACGACAUACGUUGCGACGUGCAAACUAUCGAGGAGGCGGCGGCGCGAGUUGCAGAAGCGGGUCAAGAAGGGCGAGGAUGUGAGUCUGGGUGAUGUGCUCAGGCUCCGGGAUCGAGCUGGCAGUGAAUCUACACUGAACACCUUGAAUAGCAGCGAGGGAAGUUUGGGUGGGAAGACGGUGGGCGAUGAGGAAAAAGGCGAGCCACGCAGGCGGGCGAAGGAGGUGCACCACGAGGACUGGCAUGGUGGGACGUACUGA